CCGGCAAAAAAAAAACCCUAACCCCCCCCCCAAGAAACCCUCUGUUGCCCAAUAACCAUAGACAUGGCACAGCCAAAGCUGGUGCCGGGGCAGCCGCAGCCCCGUCCUGCCCGGUGCUAGCUCUCCUUUCCCACAGCAUGCAGUUCUCACCAAAACUUGUGCUUUUCUCUUGCUUGGGGUCUUUUUUUUCCCCCUCUGCCUCAUUUUCUGCUGAUUUGGCCCCUGAGCGGGACCGGUGGCAGGCAGUCACACCGAGCAGAGGGCCAGGAGCACAGUAAGCUGGACCGGCGCGCUUUGAGCCCAAAUUAAACCGGCUGUGAAGCUCCUAAGGACCUGCCUUAAAAGGAGGUGUCCCCGAAAUAUGGCAGUCAAAUGGACUGGUGGGCACUCGUCCCCUAUAUUGUGCUUGAACGUAAACACGGAAGGGCUGGCGGCUUCAGGUGCGGAGAGAGGCGAGCUGGCGCUCUGGGAUGGGGGAGUGGCUCCGGCAGGACGGCUCCAGCUCCCGAAGGCGGACGACGUGACCUGCUUGGUGUUCUCUCCCCACCGUCCCACCAGGCUGUAUGCCUCCCACGGAGAAACUAUCAGUCUGCUGGAUGUUCGAUGCCUCAAGGAGCCCACAGAACGCUUCCACGUGAAUGAGGAGGAGAUCAACUGCCUCUCGGUGAACGAGAGCGACCAUUUCUUGGCCGCGGCUGAUGACUCGGGAGCAAUAAAGGUUAUGGACUUGGAAAACAAGAAAGUCAGCCGGUCCCUGAGACACGCAAACAUCUGCUCCUCCGUCGCCUUUCGACCUCAGAGGCCUCACAGCCUCGUCUCCUGUGGACUGGACAUGCAGGUUAUGCUGUGGAGCCUGCAGAAAGCUCGUCCCCUGUGGACCACAGACCUGCAGGAGUGUGAAGCAGAGGAAGACAGUCCACAGGCAGCUGGCCAGUUCUUUAACCCACCGCUUGCACAUUCCCUGUCCGUCGCAUCGUGUGGCAACAUCUUUGGCUGCGGAGCUCAAGAUGGUAAAGUCAGAAUAUUCAGAGUGACCGGUGUCAAGUUUGAACGUGAGCUGGAGUUCCACGGUCACAGCCUGGGAGUAUCGCAAGUCCUCUUUAUGCCAGAAACAUACUGGUUGUUGACUGGAGGAAAUGAUGGGAAAGUCUUGCUCUGGGACGUCAGCAGUGACAUUGGGAAGCAGCAGAAAAGUCCACCAGAAUCUCUCCAGAGAAGGAAGGCCCACGCACCUGCUUCCACCAGACGAGACAGAAAGCUCAACAAAGUGGCUUCAAACGAACAUGCUAGAGUUUUACCAAAGCUAACCAUUGAGCACGGAGAGAAGGUGAACUGGAUCUCAUGUGCAGAGAUCAAAGGCUCAAGGAGAGUGUUAGUUGCUGAUCAGAGCAGUUCAGUAUCUGUGUAUCCAUUGCCGGAACCUUAGACGCCAAGAUGUUUAGAGAAAUUGGGGGAAAACCACUUCUUGGAGUGUUUGAAAUGAGCCCGGUUACAUCUGUGGACAGUGAACUGAACAGCAAAACCUGCUGUGGCCUUCGGAAGGGGAAGGGAUUUGCUGCGUACUCACACGAGUACCCGUGAUGUCACUGGCCUUGCCUUAUGUUUUUCAGUGACUGUUGGUAUUCACUGCAGCUGUUUCUUGCAGGGUUGGCAGUUUGCUUCUAGAAUUUAAGUGAAAUGGGUUUCAGUAGAUUUAGGGAUAAUACUAACUCAUGGCCAAGCUGACAUAAUUAAGGUUGGAGGAAGAGGUUCACGCUAACGGGGACGCCCACAAUGCUAAAUGAGGAUGCUGAGCAGUCACUGGCUGAGCUCAUAGAAUUGUUUAGGCUGGAAAACCCCAACCGUUCUCCUAACCCUGCCAUCCCACCACUAAACCCUGGCCCU